AUGGAGGACAGUGAAAGAAAUAAUAUACAAUUAGAUGCACCUGUCCAUAAUGAGCAAGAAGACAAUCAUUUUCCCCAAUUUACAUUGUUUGAUAUAAGAAUAGACUCGGGUCUGAAAGACGACGAAGGGAAUGAAAUUCCAAGACCUUUCACAAAGAAUCAAAUGCGCAAAUGGUUAAAAAAAGUAAAAUGGGAAAAUCGCAAAGCAGAGAAACGUGCAAAAGAGAAAGCAAGAGCCAAAGAAAGGCGGAAGGAGGCACGGGAAGCCAAUAUUGUUCUAGGACCCAAUAGGAAGGCACUUAAGAAAAUGAAGUUAGAGAGACCGAAAAAAAAUAUUUCAAUCGUAAUAGAUCUCGGUUUCGAUCAGUUAAUGAUGGAAAAGGAUAGAUUUAAAGUAAUAAAACAAAUACUACGCUGUUACUCAAUAAAUAGAAGAUCAGAAACACCAAUUCAGUUCCACAUAACAAGUUUUGGGGAACGGUCUAGGAGUGAUAUGUCCAGACAUAAUGGAUAUGAACACUGGGAUAUAGACUUUCAUGAAGUGUCAUACCUUGAGGUGUUUCCAAAGGAUAAAAUAGUGUAUUUAACAAGUGAAUCUGACAAUGUGAUUGAAGAAUUUGAAGAGAACACAGCUUACAUUAUUGGAGGCCUUGUAGAUCACAAUAAACAUAAGGGUCUCUGCCAUAAAAUAGCAAUAGAGCAAGGUAUUAGGCAUGGACAACUACCACUGGAUAAAUACAUCAAUAUGAAAACUAGAAAAGUGCUAACAAUUGAUCAUGUGUUUGAGAUUGUCCUACGAGUAUGUGAAGGAGUGCCGUGGCAAGACGCACUACUGAAAGUUCUGCCUCUAAGAAAAGGUGCACAUGUCUGUGACAGUGUUAGUAAUUCCAGUUUAGACAUUUCAUGUACUAGUGAAGCUUCAAAUUAA